AUAAUUUGUAUAGGCAUACUAACUAAAUAAUAAUGCUCUUACUCAUUGUUUGUAGUAUAGUAUUUCUACAAUGUCUUGGAAUAGAAUACGUUGGUGCAGAAUUUAUUCAAGGAAGUUAUGAAGUAAUUAGCGAUAAUAUGGAUCCAGAUCUUUAUUAUGGAAGAUUAUGUUCAAAAUGCAGAGCAUUUUAUGGAUCCUUUCUACGCUACUUUUUGGAUUACGAACAACUUUUUAAAAUGCAGUCUGCUUUAGUAGCUUUCUGUGAAACUCUUGGACCAAUUCGUGAUCAUUGCGCAUCUUUAUUCACUUUUACAAUGUUCAAAGUCAUCAAUAAAUCAGUUGCUACUAUUGAUCCAGUAAAAUCUUGUGCGGGAUGGUAUUUAUGCUACAGGAAGUCGACAUAGCUGACGCUUGUCUAAAUGAAUGGGUCAAUCACAUGGAGAAUAAAGCGAAGAGACAUUGUUGUGACUGUAAAAUCAAUACUUUUUCUUGAAUAAAAAGGCUAUUUUCCGUCUUUUCUAUUAUUAUUUGAUAAAAUUUAAACAGUUGU